CAUAUACAUACCUUUUGUAAGUCACAACUAUACGAAGCCAGUUUCAUAACCUACGAACAACACAUGAGGGUGCCGAGACCGAAGAUUGCUGCUCGCUUUCCACCAGAUGAGCGCUGCAAAACAUGAAGCCGAAGAGGAUACUAGGGCUGGGCUAGAGCUGGACAGUGGCAACCAUGCAGCAACAGAGCAGAUCGACUGGUCCAGCUUCAUCAACCUCGAGUAUGAUCCCAGCAUUCCUCUUUCUCUACCCACGAAUAUUCCUGCGACAACUGAGCCGGCCCCGCCAAGCCCCGGCCUUACCAUAGAAGAGGGCUCCGAGUUUGCAAUGUUCGACUUCCCUUCUAUGGAGGAAUGGUGGGCCGAGCUGCCGGAUGAAGUGCAGUCUGGCGACUGGGUCUCCCCUACUGAGACAGCUACGUUUUCGGGACACACACCGAAGUCAGACUCGAGUUUCUCUGCCUAUACGAACGAACAGUCGCCAAACUUGCAAGAGGAAGGGAACGAGGGAAAGAGAAGAUGGCGAAUGCCACCUCAGGCACGGCGCUUACUGAAUGAAUGCUUCGAACGCCAUAUAGAAGACCCUUAUGUCCCGAAAGAAGAGAUCCAGCAGCUUGCCAACGACACAGGCAUUUCGAUCCGUCAGGUUCAGAUAUUCUUCGCUAACGCCAGGGCACGGAAGCUACCACAUCCUACUCCAGAAUGCAAAGGCCUGGACAUCCCGGCGCGUUCCAAUCAGCAAGGCCCCAUGGAGCGUUUCCUCUCAAGCUCCCCCGAAGACGAAGGCAUCUCCGAAGAUGCCGUGCGCGCAGCAGCGAGCAAGGUCGAUCGGCCCAUCAAGUCCGCUCGCUCUAGGAAGGGCAAAACGCCGUCGGUACACAGUAGCUCGCAGAGCUCAACCUCCAACUCUUCCGCCGCAAGUAUGGACUCUUUGGGCAGUCGCGGCUCUCGAAAAGGCCGCAAGAGACAGCGCGAGCCCUCGCACAACAUCGCCAAGACUAUUUUCCGAAAGCCGUCCAGUCCAACGCGGAAGUAUCAAUGCACUUUCUGCACAAUUGAUUUCGAACAAAAGUACGACUGGAAGCGGCACGAGGAGUCGGUGCAUUUCCCCCAGAAGGAAUGGGUGUGCAUGCCUAAUGGGCCUGUCGAGGACUCCACAUGCGUCUUUUGUGACCUAGGUAAUGUGGACGAGGAGCAUCUGAAAUCGCACAAGUGCAUCGCGUGUGCCGAAGCACCUCGUGAACUGCGGACGUUUCAACGCAAGGACAAACUCGCGCAACACAUUAAGCAGGUUCAUGGUUGUCAGCCGCCAAAAGCAAUCAAGAACUGGUGCAGCUCAAUCGAGCGAAAUGUACUGCUGCUAUGCGGGUUCUGCAGCCUUCCACUGCCAGACUGGAAAUCUCGAGCAGACCACCUAUCCACACACUUCACCUCCUCCAUCCCAAUGACCCUCUGGCUCCCCGAACUUCUCGGCGGCAUCUGGCCCGACGACGCUCUCACCCGCUCCUUCAUCACCUCCCGCUUCUCCGCGACCCCCGACCCCAUCGGCCCCGUCCCCUGCUCAGUCGAAACCUGCCCAGCGCGCUUCGCCAACCUGCGAAACCUCACCCUGCACCGCCGCCAAGUGCACAACAUCUACCACCCCACCGACUCCAAAGUCGUGAUGGCGAAACCCUCGACAGGCCACCACUCUCAGCGCCUGAUCAACCUCGCGCAGCAGACGUCGCGGAUCCAGAUCGCGCGGACAGACGGUCCUUCCGCCGGUGUGGCAUUGCAGAAUCAGAGGUCGGACUACAGUACCGCGUUUUCGACGGUCUCGACGGGCACCAGGAGACCGAACGUCCCGAUCAACAGGCAGCUCGAAGAGCCUGAACAGAGCGGGUUUGCGUCUGCGCCGCACGCGGCGUGGCGCGUUGUGCUGAGCAACAGCAUUGUCGCGGGUCCGCGCGCGCCGGUGCCGAACCCGCUGCUCCGCCAGCCUAAAGACAUAGUGCGUGGCGAGGCAUCUUCGCUGCGGCCUAGCAAUCUCGGGCGCGCGGGGACGGCGCAUGCUGAGGUCGCGGGUCAGGCUCGGGACGGUCCGCCCGUGGAGGCUAUACGCAGUAUUCUCACCGCGAACAGGGAGGGCGUGGGGAGCGUGGGAGUCCCGGCGCAGGGGAUACUGCACUCGUUGGAGCAAUUUGGCGGUGGGAAGGGAGAGGCGUGGCCGCGGCCGCGUGCUACAUGAAAUCGAUUCUGUUCUGUUUUCUGGCGCUGGGUGUGGAGGAGCAGGACAUGAAGGCCAACUGAAUGAAUCUUUGGUGGAGGUGAACGCGGUGGGCGCCAUCGCACACUCUCUCAUGGGACCGUUAGCACGAACAACGGGGAUAUAGUGUCGCG